AGUGAUUUUAUAUUGUCAAUACCAAGUUAUUUGGUAACAAUAAUUCAAUUUUUUCCGCAUGAUUUUUUGGUAUUAUUAUGCCUUCGGAAGUGUAUUGUAGGAAACGCCAGUAAUUAAAAAAAUCAUAAGUGUUUUGCUUUGUAUCGUGAAUAGCGAGGAUAAUUCAGUGUAAUCAUUCGCGAUAUACCUGCUGGUGCUAUAAGACCUUACCUAAUACAACGUAACUGUUACUGGAAUAUCCACUCGAAGGUUGUGUAAGCCAGUGCACCUACAUAACUAAUGUAAGCCUGUAAAAUAAAAAAAAAAAUGCAUUUUCAUGUUGCCAGUUUCAAGAUCAAACUAGCUAACAGCUAGCUAUAGCAUCUUUCGACGAUAUUCUUGUUUUUUUCGAUCUCCUAUCUACCGUCCAUAAGUAUGACCGUGGAACAAGUUUCAGCUAAAAAUUUAGUGUAAACUAGGCACUCUCAAAACCAUUCGGUUAAUUUUUUAUAGGUUGUCCUUACCUAUUACGCGUAUUAUUGUUUCUCCCUUUCUCUCUUAAGGCAUUUAUUUAUUCGUGUGAUGAGCACGGAUAUUUGUUCUUGAGUCAUGGGUGUUUUCUAUGUAUUAAAGUAUUUAUAUAUUAUAUUUAUCGUUGUCUGAGUACCCACUAAACAAGCCUUCUUGAGCUUACUGUGGAGCUUAGUCAAUUUGUGUAAGAAUGUCCAAUAUUUAUUUAUUUUAUAUUACCUUAUUAAUAAAUUCAAUUCUACGAAAGGAUAAUUUAUGACAUUUGGAGGGUUGAUAUGUAACAGUUUUGCAACCUGCAUUAUAUGAUACAAUUUUAUUUAUAAAGUACAUUUAUAAAGUAAUGUAAAAGUAAUUUGUAUGAAAUUCAUGUCCUAAAAUAUAUAAAUUGUUGUUACAACUAUUUCAUGAUCUAAAAUUUACUUUUGUAAGUCGCUGAUUUGAAAAAUAAUAUCGUGUGGAAUUUGGAGAACUCAUGACGUUAUUUUUAGUUUUGUUACUUUAACAACCUUCGGAAAAACAUUCUAGUUGUGACAUUAUUGCAAUAUUUACAAUUGAUGAGCAUUUUUAGAUCCUAUCUAUUGAAACGUUUAUAAACUGAUAGCCUAAACGGUCCCCCAAAAUGAAGAUGCAAUCUGUUCCGGUUCCAACCAGCAAUCAAUCUGUCCAGAUUGUGAUCUCGGUUUAAGCUAUCGAUCUAAUCGUAACCAUCGCGGACGAUUACGCUUCUGCGAUGAGGCUUUUAUGCCAACGCAUAAAAGGGUAUUAAUUAACAUUGCUUCAUAUAUAACUAAUAUAACGUCCUUUUUUACUAACCAAAGAGUGUCCUAAGAAAAGGUCACGUAUUUUAAUCACAAAACUCAAACAUCCCAUUGCACUAGUUAAAUUCGGGAUAAAAAGUAUUAUAUCUAAUGGAAACGUUAUAAACUAUUUCUGUGACAAAUUAUAGCUAAAGUCGUUCAGUCAUUUUUGCGGUAUUAAGGAUUCAACAUUAAAAUAUUCGAAGUUCCAUAUUUUCAAUUGAACUAUGGUCUAUGUUCAAUAGUUCCAUCACAAAACUGAACAAGAGGACAAGAAUAUGAUUUCAGCAGUGUCAUUACUAAACCAAAAGUUCUGACCUUAUAUAUAAAGUUCCCAAUAUACCAAUACCGCUUAUUUAAAACGGUUGGACUACGUGCAUAAAAUAAGUCGACAAGUUUGUGAAAUAUGGAAAAAAAUCUAAGCCCUUUACAAUCCACGCAAGAAUCAUCUUAAAUAACCCUGCAAAAUAUCGGUUUAUCACCCACAUUAAAUCCCGUCCAACCAUGAGGAGUGUAGCGAAGUUCGUGUGAUGCAACCUUAUUAAAGCAAAAUAAGAGAAUCUAAAUAUUUUUUGACCUAUAUAAACAAUUUAGGACUUAACCUAUUACAUAAUGUAAUAAUUGCUUCCCCGCUAAGCCUAAACGGUCUAAUCACCGCAUUUAAUUAGUUAUCGCAGUUAGGUAACUGCGGAACGCCGGUGGAAACACUCGUUGACGUAAAAGUGCUGUUUUUGACCCAGUGAUGUUUUGCAAUGAACCGGUGAACUAGUUGUUAAACUAAUAAAUUUGUUAUAAAAUUUUAACGAAUAUAUCAAUGACGCUUUGUUGCCUAACGUACCUAUUGCAGCAUUUAAAAGUUAUGAGGUUAAUUGAUUGUUUUGAUAAAUAUUGGCAACCUGGCGAAUACUAGUCACUAUCAUUAUAAUGCCGGCAAUACUACAACCAAGAAGUGUGAUAUUAUUGGUUGUGCCGGCUACAUAUCACGUCGUAGAUAGAAAAAAAAUCGUAUCUUGACCAUCGUACACUUUCAUUCAGAUAUAAUUUUUAGAAUAAAUUCAAGACCUUAAACAAUACAGGCUAACUCUUUAUCAAUCUUCCUCCUAAACAGUGAUCUAAUUACAAUCGCGGAACUCAAUAAUUAUACCCCGGCUAAUGACAUUUUUCAACGAAUCAGUCUGUGAAAAAGUGACAAUUACAUGCUAAACUGACAUCUAAAUUACUUCUCGUGUUUGUUUCGUAACGCAACGCAGUUUACAAUCGAUGAGUCUUGAACUUGGGUGCAUCGAGGAAGAUCGUGGGAGCUGUGCAACAAUCGACCGUAACAAGAUAUUUACUUGCACUGCCUAUGACAUAUGACUUUCGAACUGCGUGACAUUAGUGAGAUUGCCUGUCUGAUGCACUGAGUCGUUAGUGCAGUGAGUGUUCUGUGGAGAAUUUUAAUAGUGCUGUGUCAAGAGGCGGGCAGGCGCUUAGAAGAUACUGUUUGUUACAAGUGUUCUGAAGUUAUCGAAAUGAACGUUCGAGAAACGAGCAGCUUCAGCAACCAGUUCGAUGUGGUCUAACAUGGUCGUUCCCCGUCGUCCGCCAACCAGCUACAAGCCAAUGAGAAGAAGCAAGCCGCCAGACAAGCACCGAACACUAACACUAUCAAAGCUUUAUCUGAUGUAACUUCAUCAACACACUGCCCCAAAAAGAAAAAUCUAGUCUUGCAAACUGGCUGAUAAAAAAAAAUUAAGCUACUAGAUUCUAAAUUCAAAAUGGGUGUGCAAGUGCUUCUAGCUUCAACAGCCUUGAAGACCGUGAGUGUGACGGGUUUGUGGUUGAUCCCACUUUUGCUGGGCGCGCUGACAUACCACAACUAUAAUGCUUAUGAUCCGGAGUCGAGAGUGAUUGAUAAAGAGCCGAGGAGAGAGUAUGACUUCAUAGUGGUUGGGGGCGGGUCGGCGGGCGCCGUCGUCGCUAACAGACUAUCGGAGAUUAAGAAUUGGAACACGCUCUUACUAGAAUCGGGCCCCGACGAGAACGAGAUCACCGACGUGCCAUCCCUGGCGGGUUACCUGCAGCUGACCAAGCUGGACUGGCAGUACAAAACCGAGCCCACCGCGCACGCCUGCCUCGGCUUCAAGAAGCACCGCUGCAGCUGGCCCCGGGGCAAGGUACUGGGCGGUUCCAGUGUUCUCAACUACAUGAUUUACGUACGAGGCAAUCGAUACGACUUCGACCAAUGGGAACAAUUCGGCAACCCCGGAUGGGGCUACCGGGACGUCUUGAAAUACUUUAUCAAAUCUGAAGACAACAGAAACCCUUACUUAGCUAAGAGUCAAUACCACGGGCGGGGAGGAUACCUCACGGUUCAAGAAGCUCCUUGGAGGACACCUUUAGUCGCAGCCUUCGUGGAAGCUGGAGUCGAAAUCGGGUAUGAGAACAGGGAUAUUAAUGGUGAAUAUCAAACUGGGUUCAUGAUCGCCCAGGGCACGAUACGUCGCGGCUCCCGAUGCAGUACCGCUAAAGCAUUCUUACGACCAGUUAGAACUCGAAGAAACCUAGACAUUUCCUUAAACUCCCAAGCAACAAGAGUUUUAAUCCAUCCAGUGACAAUGAAAGCGUACGGGGUUGAGUAUGUGAAACACGGCAUGAGGAGAGUUGUUUACGCGAGAAAAGAAGUAAUAUUAUCAGCUGGCGCCAUCAACAGUCCACAGCUGCUUAUGCUGUCUGGAAUAGGUCCCAAAGAACAUUUAAAAGACGUCGGAAUUAAGGUCUUGAAGGAUUUGCCGGUCGGCGAAAACCUGCAAGACCACGUUGGUGUAGGAGGAUUAACAUUUCUAGUCGACAAACCAGUCGCAAUCGUCCAAAAUCGCUUUGAAGCUUUCCCCGUUACCAUGAACUACGUUGUCAACGAGAGAGGUCCUAUGACGACUCUAGGAGGCUUAGAAGGGAUCGCUUUCGUCAAUACAAAGUACGCAAACAGUUCUGGAUUGUGGCCUGAUAUUCAGUUCCAUAUGGCGCCGGCGUCUUUCUCGUCUGACAAUGGGCAAAUUGUUAGAAAAAUCUUAGGCCUCACGGAUGAGAUUUAUAAUACUGUUUACAAGCCUAUAGCCAAUAAGGAUGCUUGGACUAUUAUGCCUUUACUGCUCAGACCAAACACACGAGGUUACGUCCGAUUAAGGAGCUCUAAUCCUUUCCAUUACCCGAUAAUGAACCCACGAUAUCACGAGGAUCCAUUAGACGUGGCACGCCUCGUAGAAGGGAUCAAAAUAGCCGUGCAAGUGGCAGAAGCUUCACCUUUCAAACAGUUUGGUAACAGGCUGUAUAUGAAGCCGUUGCCGAGCUGUAAGCACUUUAAAUUUAUGUCUGACGAAUAUAUUGAAUGUCAAGUGAGACAUAUUUCUAUGACGAUAUAUCAUCAGAGUGGUACAGCUAAGAUGGGGCCGUCGUGGGAUUCUGAGGCGGUGGUGGACCCGCGACUCAGGGUGUAUGGCGUCGAAGGCCUAAGAGUAAUAGACGCCAGUAUAAUGCCGACUAUCGUGAGUGGCAACACCAACGCCGCAGUCAUCAUGAUAGGGGAGAAAGGGGCUGAUUUGAUAAAGCAAGACUGGCUUAGUAAGAAUAUAGAGACAUACAUCUUUAGUUUAUCAUGCGUACUCAGCGGGGUGCUCUCGCAGCAGCCCUCUUUCUUCGAUGCAGUGUCAGGGCUACUUCGAGACACCAACAACCUGUACCUCGGGGAGCCCCCUGACGCCGAGGAGCUGUACUCGGAGUACGACUUCGUCAUCAUAGGCGCCGGAACUGCUGGGUGCGUGCUUAGCAAUCGGCUCACGGAAGUUGAAGAGUUUAAGGUGCUUCUUAUAGAGGCUGGUGGAAGCGAGCAGCUUUUCAUGGACAUCCCUGUGAUGGCUACUAUGCUACAAUUCACCGACGCCAAUUGGGACUAUCACACGGAGCCACAGAGAGCUGGCUGCAUGGGCAUGCGUGAGGGUCGUUGCUCCUGGCCGCGGGGCCGCGUGGUCGGCGGUUCCUCGGUUCUGCAUUCCAUGAUGCACACGAGGGGCAACAGGAAAGACUACGACCGGUGGGCGGCGAAUGGCAACCCAGGAUGGGACUUCGCAUCAGUUCUCAAAUACUUCAAGAAGUCUGAAAACAUGCAAGUACCAGAACUGAGAAGAGAUAAAGUAUAUCAUUCAACAAAGGGAGAGAUGACCCUUCAGUAUCCCAGCUGGAGGACGCGACUCUCAGACGCGUUCCUUCAAGCGGGCGUCGAAACUGGCGGGGAAAUAGUAGACUACAACGGAGAAAAACAAAUCGGAUAUUCCAUCAUCCAAUUUACGAUGAAAAAUGGAACUCGCAUGAGUGCGAGUCGGGCUUUCCUUCACCCUAUAAAAUACAGAAAAAACUUUCAUGUAACCAAGAAUGCUAUGGUAACGCGUAUUUUAAUCGAUCCUUGGACGAGACAAGCUUACGGUGUGGAAUUCCGCAAAGCUGGUCACCGCUACAUCGUGAAAGCGACGCGCGAAAUCAUCCUUUCCGCUGGUGCUAUCAAUUCUCCUCAAAUAUUAAUGAUCAGCGGAAUAGGCCCUAAACACCACUUGACGGAGAAGAACAUCACAACAAUUGUAGAUUUACCCGUCGGAUAUAAUCUCCAAGACCACUGGGCAUUAGGUGGUCUCACUUUCUUAAUAAAUACAACUGAUUCUAUAAGAUCUGAACGCGUAGCUACAUUCAGCAACAUUCUAGAAUAUUUCAGCCAUCAUACCGGGCCUUUGUCAGCGCCAAGCGGAACUGAAGCUAUCGCUUUUAUUGAUACUAAGAACCCAAACGAUCCCGAUGGCUAUCCUGAUUUAGAGUUGCUGUUCGUAGCAGGCUCAUUGGUUAGCCAACCGUCAUAUAAACAAGCCUUCGCUAUUGAUGAUCGUAUCUACGACAAAGUUUACGGACCAAUUCAAGAUCGCGACACGUGGAUGGUGUUCCCGAUGCUUCUGCUCCCGGAGUCGAAAGGUCGGAUAAUGUUGAAGAAUAAAAACCCUUAUACCAAGCCCCUUAUCUUCGCAAACUACUUUUCAGAUGGAGGCCAUGACCAAAAGGUUAUAUUACAUGGUAUAAGAAAAAUAAUUCAGUUAUCGAAGACUCAAGCGUUUCAAAAAUUUGGGAGCAGAUUGCACGAUAUUCCGUUGCCGAAUUGUGCGCAUCACAAGUUCAACUCAGACUCAUAUUGGUACUGUGCAAUGAAGACUAUAACGAAUACGAUUUAUCAUCAUUGCUGUACGGCUAAGAUGGGCCCGAGGGAGGACCCUGAAGCCGUCGUGGACUCCAGACUGAAGGUGUACGGCAUAAAAGGUCUGAGGGUAGUGGAUGCGAGCAUUAUGCCGCAUGUUCCAGCAGCGCAUACCAACGCCCCAACUUUAAUGAUUGCCGAGAAAGCGGCGGAUAUGAUCAAAGAAGACUGGGGAAUACGUAUCAAGCCGAUUUAAUUGGCAUAAUAUCUAAUAUUUACAAAAAUCCCAGUCUGAGCAAUGAACUGACUUUUAUGAUUGAUCGAUCAGUAGCGAUUGUUAUUUUAAAUACAUAUUUAUUUGUGAGACAUACGUUAAAGUUUCCUUAUUUUAAUGAUUCAUAUUCUAUUAGAUCGACGUUACAAAAACCCAGCCCAGAGGGCUAGAAGUGGCAAAGCAUUGGCAGACAAGAAUUUAAUUCAAAAAGUUUGAUCCCUUUACACCAAUAAGAAGAGAAGAGAUCGACGUUACAAAAACGAAGCUCAAUAAUUUAUAUUUGCAUUGUGUGUCUAUGGACAUGUACUUAUUAUUCAUUGCACUGAGUACCAUUCGUAGUAUGGGCACAUAAUAUCUUAAACUAUCAUUUAUUAUGUGGUCCUUGGAUUUUAUCUUUGUACCUAGGAUUUAUUUAUUUAUAAUUUAUUUUAAUAUAACUAUUCAAUUUACCUACAUCACAAACGUGGCUUGUACAGUAAACAUAGUUUAGUUUUUAAGGCAGUUUGUAAAUAAAUCCACUAUAUAUUUAUAUACAUAUA